AAUAGGGACGCUGUACGCUCGUGUCGGCGGAUAGUCCAGCUAUGGCCAUCCUUCAACUGCGGUCGCUGUAGCAUGUCUGUGGACGGCCUCCAACCUCUCUCGCCUAUCCUAGCAGCGCGGAUUCCUGUGGAACUACACCUCGAGAUCAUCGGCUGGCUCGCUUGUGAUCGACACAGUCUACACAUCUGCGCCAUGGUUUCGCGAACGUGGUAUCCGCACAGCGUUCACCUGUUAUAUGAGAAGGUCGAUAUCGGUGCUCUGAACACGGUCAGCUCAAUGGCUCAAUCGGCUUUCAAGCACGAGCGCGUGAGACACAACCUCGUAGGAACUCUGGCACUCGACUUGGACGGAGCGUCCGAGAUCAAUUCAGGACGCACUCUCGAAUCUGCACUCGUCGUCCUAGCAUCAUUGAUGCCUUCCCUGCAGAAACUCACGCUCAGACAAUGUCUUCCCUGCCCUCUUCACACCUCAUUCUAUGCCGCACUCCGGGCUUGCAAGAACGUCACUGAUCUCACGCUCUGCGGGGUAGUGCUCGAGAACUAUCGCGUCCUGUUUCGUGUCCUGUGCGGUUUCCCACAGCUCCGCCGGGUUGCAUUCGAAGGCAACCUGCGCUUUUCUCAUGCCACUUCUCCGUCGCCAGUCGAUUCAGUGCUCUUGCGCCGCAGCAAACACCCAACUAGCUGCGAAUUACGGCACCUCCGCAUCAGUGUCUCGAACAAAGCCCUCGUCAUCCCGCUCGUUCAAUGGCUUGUCGAUUCGUCACUACACACGUCCAUUGAAUCUCUGGAAACGCGCGUCGCAGACAAGCAUGUGACCGUACUGAACGAGUUGCUUCAAGCUAUAGGACCGUCCUUGGUACACUUCCGAGAGCUCGUCGCGUUGAACAAAAAAUUUGCUCAUCUCGACUUGCGUCAUAACACGUCCUUACAGACGAUCGAGCUAUACAGCGGGCAUCGCUCCCUCACGGACAUUGAGACGGUGCUGCAAUUGACCCGGGCCCUUGCAAGUGUCGGUAGUCCGCGACUGACACGGAUCGUACUCAAAUGCGGCGAUCAUCCAGGAUCCUGGAAGCCUAGCGCCAACGUACGAGCUUUCGACACCGCCGACCUGAUCCCCUUGCAUGCUGUGAUAGGAAGACCCGUCUUCGACGCGCUGCGCGUGGUCCAGGUGGUCGUUUGCCGGAAGAGGUCGCAAGACGUGGUAGCGGUUAUGACUAUUAAUAGACUACUCGCCCCGUGGUGUGCUCGCGGGAUAGUGUCUUUCAUUUGAGGAAGAGGCAGAGAGGGACGUACUUAGUUUCAUCGAGGACUUUGGCCUUUCGGAUACCAUGUAGGUUAGAUGCUGUCUACCGGUCCAUGCCCUCGGCGCAUCGCGGGCGUGAGAUCUAUGCGGACGAACUAUGGAUAUGAUUGCAUAGUAAAUGCAGGAAGU